UGACGACGACCCCAAACGUCAUCAAAACGCGUCUCCUUCCUUGUGCUUGUGUUACUGUCUGAGAAACAGACUGGUUUCAGAUGGUAUUUUGUAAAUAAAACAAGGAUUUAAAAUGCCUAUGAAAGGAAGGUUUCCGAUCAGGAGGACCAUAGAGUAUCUCCAGAAGGGCGACAUCAUCUUCAAAAACAGAGUGAAGAUCAUGACGGUGAAUUACAACACGCACGGAGAGCUCAGCGACGGAGCAAGAAAGUUUGUGUUCUUCAAUAUCCCCCAGAUUCAGUACAAAAACCCCUGGGUCCAAAUAAUGAUGUUCAAAAACAUGACACCGUCACCGUUCCUCAAGUUCUACCUGGAUGAUGGGGAGCAAGUGCUAGUGGACGUGGAAGGGAAGGACUACAGACAAAUUUCACAACACGUCAAGACCAUUUUGGGGAAAUCAGAAGAAGUGUUGCAAGCUGAAGCUUUAGCCAAGAUGCAGGCCUCGAACCCCGCCAACUUCGGGCCAAAGAAGUACUGUCUGAGGGAGUGCAUCUGUGAAGUUGAGGGCCAGGUGCAGUGCCCCGGCAACACGCCGCUGCCUAAGGAGAUGACGGGCAAGUACCGCGCCAAGAUGGCGGCGUCACAGGAGUGAGAGGGUGAGGAGGACAGAGGACUUUACUGGACAGUGUUACAACAUUGUUGUGUUUGGUUUCACACCAGCACAUGAUCGGACUGGAGCUCCACUCUGUCCUCCGCUGGCUUCCAACACGUGGGUUUCACAUGUUUUCGCUGUGAGUUCCGUUGGACUGUUUUAAUAACUCGACGUUGCAACUUGUCUUUGUACCUGACGAAAAAUCAACUCAUCCGCUUGUGAGCUUAAGAGGUGUAUGAUGUAAACAUUUAAAUAAAACAUGUAUCUGUGACAAAAUCCUAA